GGCGCUGAGGCGAGACGGGGGCUGCCGGGAAGGGGGCGGCCCGGCGGCAUGGCGCACAAGCAGAUCUACUACUCGGAUAAAUACGACGAUGAGGAGUUCGAAUACCGGCACGUGAUGCUGCCCAAGGACAUCGCCAAGCUGGUGCCCAAAACCCAUUUGCUGUCGGAGUCGGAGUGGCGGAACCUGGGGGUGCAGCAGAGCCAGGGCUGGGUCCACUACAUGAUCCACGAGCCAGAGCCCCACAUCCUGCUCUUCCGCCGGCCGCUGCCUAAGAAACCGGAGAAGUGAGCAGCCCCCUCACCCGCCGAAGCCCCCACCGCCCGAGCUGAGACAGCAGCACCUUCCUCCUACUACUCCUCGACAUUCCCGGGGGGCUUCGUCCCACGCCGCGCCGGCGGGUGCCCGUGACCCCCCGGUGCCGUCUGGGCGCCGGUGCCGGGGGGGACCCUGCCCGGUGCGAGGCCUGAGCGUGUUUCGAAGCUUCAAUAAAUGGAUGUUUGGGAA